ACCACCACUACCCCAUCUGAACCCCUAACACUCACAUACCUCACUUCACAAUCCCAUGUUUUCCCUCACUCUCCCUAGUGAGGUCCCUUCAAAAUCCAUCUUUUCUUUCCCCCAAACCCGGUUCAACCAAACCCGGUUCAAACCCACCCCGGUUCGCUGCGGCAUUCGCGAACUCCGAGAACGAAUUGUAACGGUGAAGAACACGCAAAAGAUCACCGAAGCAAUGAAGCUUGUAGCCGCCGCCAGAGUCCGUCGAGCUCAAGAAGCUGUCGUUAACGGAAGACCCUUUUCCCAAAAACUCACCGAAAUGUUAAACGACAUCAACCAACAUCUCCAAAACGACGACGUUUUUGUACCAUUGACCGUCGUUAGACCCGUCAGAAAAAUCGCCCUUGUAGUCAUCACAGGUGACCGUGGCCUCUGCGGCGGUUUCAACAACUCAGUGAUAAGAAAGGCCAUUACCCGAAUCGAAGAAUUGAAGAAACUCGAUGUGGGGUGUGUUGUUAUUAGUGUUGGCAAAAAGGGUAACUCUUUUUUUGGUCACAAAAACGACCCUUUUGUCGAAGUUGAUAGGUUCGUCGAAAGUGGCGGUUUUCCAACCAUAAAAGAGGCUCAGGUUAUUGCUGAUGAUGUUUUUUCACUCUUUGUUAGUGAGGAAGUUGAUAAGGUUGAGCUUGUGUACACAAAGUUUGUGUCUUUGGUGAAGUUUGAUCCUGUGAUUCACACUUUGUUGCCUUUGUCAGCAAGAGGAGAGGUUUGUGAUGUGAAUGGGAAUUGUGUUGAUGCAAUGGAGGAUGAGUUUUUCAGGUUGAGUUCUAAAGAUGGGAAGUUAUCUGUGGAGAGGGAUGUUGUGAGGUUGAGAAAGAAGAAGAGUGAUGAGGUGUUUCCCCUUAUGGAGUUUGAACAAGACCCGGUUCAGAUUCUUGAUGCCAUGUUGCCUCUUUAUUUGAAUAGUCAGAUUUUGAGGGGGUUGCAAGAAUCUGUGGCUAGUGAGCUUGCUGCUAGAAUGGGUGCCAUGUCUACUGCCACUGAUAAUGCUGUUGAGUUGAAGAAGAGUCUCUCAGUUGCGUACAAUAGGGAACGCCAGGCAAAGAUCACUGGGGAGUUGUUGGAGAUUGUUGCUGGAGCUGAGGCAUUGCCACAAAUUGAUUGACUAAUAUGGAUUUUAUUUUGGAUUUGGAUCUUCUUGUGUUGUUGUAGAAUUGCUGACAUUGCUGCUUUUUAUGUUCUUGGAUUGCAAGCAUUGUUCACAUUAGUCCUGCAUUUUGUAGAAUGUUACUCACUUUAAUUCUUCUUGUCACUGAACAAUGUGGUGACAAAGGAUUAGGUGAAUGGCAUUUUGUAGCAUUUGUAGAGUCAGGGACUAAAAUGAGAGUUUUGUAAAGUUAGGCAUUAUUCACGUUAGUCUUGAAUUUUGUAAAACGUUGGAAAAUAUUAUUUACUUUAGUCUUUAAUGCGAUUAAAAAUGUAGUGAAAAAGGAUUAAAUGAAUGGUGUUUUGCAA